AUGCAUGCGUCUCCAACUGAAUCGUUGCUUCCUAAAGAGAAACGUGUCGUUUUGAUUGGUUGUACAGGGCACGGUAAAGGAACUCUCGGAAAUUAUCUUUACAAUCUUGGACACCCAGGGUCCGAUGGACUUUCACCAAUUUUUGAUGAAUCUGCCAAACUCGAUCCACACACUCAAGAUCCUUAUUGCCAUCUUCUGGAAAUCAAAAAUUCUCCAAAUGCAUCGGAUGCUCGGAAGAGAAUGUCAUGUAAUAUCCUCGACGCGCCUGGACUGAAUGAUUUUGGUCGAGAAAAAGAUUUAAAUCAUAUGAUACAUGUACUUGAGAUGAUAAGCAAGCAGUUUCAUAGCAUACAUGCACUGGUGCUUGUGUAUCGUUUCAACACUCGCAUAGAUGCAACGAUCGAACCUGCGCUUCGCUAUUAUCGCGACUUGUUUGCCCCGUUAUUUAGAGCCCACAAUGUCAUUCUGGUUCUAACGCAGGUUCCGUCCAAUGACUACGAGCUCCAAAUGCACAAUGGAUCGUGGGAAAGCACUAUUGAAAAUCAUUUAGAUGGAUGCAACAAAGCCGUCGAGCUUAACGAGAGCUCAUGGAAUUGCCCUAUCGAUCAGAGACGAUGCUUCUUUGUUAACUCGAAAUGGAUAACUCAACAAAUUGACGAACUGUUGGAAAAAAUUAUUAAAAAUGAAAAAUUGAAAGAUGACUUGCUCUAUCGAAGCUAUCUUAUGCGUGAAAUGAUUCUUGAUUAUAUAUCAGAAGCAACUGAAAUUACUCUAGAUUCACAUUUGAUGUCAUUUCCAAAGGCACUCGAAACUGAACGCAUGAGUGCAUUAAGAAUCAUUGAUGGUCGAAUCCAGGAGCUAUUGAAUGCAGUAUUUAUCGAGAAUGAGCAUCGCGCAAUGUACCUCAAAGAUCUAGACCGAUUACAUACAGAACUCACUGACAUAAAAACCAGAAUUGAGCAGUGUAAAGAUGACGUUAAGAGACUAUCUGCCACUCAAUGA